CUUGUGGCCCUCUAAUUUUAACGCAUGAAUUUUCUAUUCUUGGGCGCUGUCAUCGAUAGAUUCAAGAUGGCUAUGGUGCAUUUUAGAAGAGAAAAUUCGAAACGUUCAAACAAUAAUUUUUAAUAAAACAUAAUUAUAAUCGCAUCGCAACGAAUACGGUCUAAGGUUUUGUGUACAUACGAAGCAGCACUUUUUCUUCGCCAACGCUGAAAACGCCACGCAAACAAUACGAAAAACAAGAUGACAUUUUUCGAAGCAAGCUGAUCGCACGAAAAAUCUCCGAUGUCAGCAGAGAGGAUGAUUUCCUUAGUUUUUUGGCGAUUUCGCCAGUAAUCGAGUAUUAUUUCAAUGUUAAUUAUGACUCCUCCUUUAAAUCGAAAGCGAAGCUCGUCUGUUAGUUUUACAAGAGCUAAGGAUAACAGCGAAGAUGCAACAGAUGAAAUCCAUAUAUCUUUAGCACCCUAUAUUCAAACGUAUUUGGCACACAGUGGUCAAGGGCUUGGAUGUUGUGGAAUUAGCCUUCCGGUACCAUUCGAACGUGCAGCACCCAGAUCUUGGUGGAAUCCUAAAUUCGAUUCAGAAAUACUCGAAGAACAAUUUAAAAGAAGUGCCUUUCCACAAAUUAGAUUAAGAUUCCGGUAUGCCCUAACUUAUAUAUUGUUGGUUUCUUUAUCAUGGUUGGCAUAUUUUGUCAUAAUUGGAACAAAACAUGAUACUACAACAUGGCCAGCCAUAGCAGCAGUUUUCACAACUGUCGGAGCAAUGGUAUCGGUGGUCUUGUAUUUAACGCAUACAGAUUAUUACAAAACUUAUCUACUACCAAUUUCACUAGCGGUUGCAUCUAUGCUUUGCAUCCUGUCCUUACUUUUUCUCGCAAUAGUACCACCCUACAUAGAUGGCUUGACUCUAGUCGGACAUUUUGCACUAUGUUCUGAGAUUUUACUAUUGAUUUACACUGUGUUGCCAAUGCCACUGUAUGUUUGCGUGGGGAUAUCGACAGUCUAUUCCUUUUUAUUUGAAUUUUUGACUGCCUACCUAUACGGUACAAAAACAGCAAGAGAAAAGUUUUUUAGUGAACAUAGUUUAUCAAAUAAUUCUACAGGAAACGAUGCAGUACUAGAUUAUACCAAAAUAGCAGCAGCUACGUACUCUUCUUUAAGAAAUUUCAAUGACAGUCAGUUUUCAAACGCGAUGCACGACAACGAAUAUAUAACAGCAAACGUAAAACCAGUACCAUAUUCUCAGGAUUCAAAACUGUUAUCCAUGCUCGGACUGAAGUCGUCGAACCAUGAAACUAUGGUGGACAGAUUAACUGGAGUUUUGAACAAUGCAAACGUUUUCCAAAAUUUGAAUUCCAGCAUAAUAUCGACGAUAGCUAAUGUUAAUUCCACUAUUAAUGCUUCAACGGACGGCCUAAUUUUCAAAGGUAUAAACAAUACAACCCCGGUAUUGGGGGAAAGUGUAUUGACCUAUAGAAAUGGUGAAAUGUCCAACUAUUUCUUAAGUAGUAACAUAUCCAACCGAUCAUUUUCGGACGAUAAUUAUUUUUCUACGAGUCUUGGAAUAAGAGUCCUAAUGCAAAUCUGCAUUCAUCUGAUAGGUAUACAUAUUUUAAUAAUGACUUUUGUAAGAAUGCGUGGUACGUUUAUGAAAGUUGGCCAGUCCCUGCUGGUCCGACGUCAGCUAGAAAUGGAGAAGCAACUUAAAGAAAAAAUGAUUCACUCGGUAAUGCCACCAAAAGUUGCGGACUGGUUAAUGGAAGAAAGUGAGCGCGAGAGGGAGCGUGAAGAUUCUUUAAAAAAGGGAUCGAUACCGUCCAAUAAUACAGAUAUACGUUCACUAUUUCGACCAUUCAAUAUGCAUUCAAUGGAAAAUGUUAGUAUUCUAUUCGCUGACAUCGUUGGAUUUACACGAAUGAGCUCAAAUAAGACUGCGGAAGAGUUAGUGGGCAUUUUAAAUGAUCUCUUCGAAAGAUUCGAUGAUUUAUGCGAACAUCACGGAUGUGAGAAAAUUUCCACAUUGGGAGACUGUUAUUAUUGUGUAAGUGGAUGUCCGGAACCGAGACCCGAUCAUGCAAAAUGUUGCAUUGAAAUGGGAUUAGCUAUGAUAGAAGCUAUAAAGCAGUUUGAUAUUGAGAGACGAGAAGGCGUUAAUAUGAGAGUCGGAGUACACACUGGAACUGUGCUCUGUGGAAUUGUAGGCACUAAAAGAUUUAAAUUUGAUGUAUGGUCUAACGAUGUGACACUGGCAAACAAAUUAGAGAGUACAGGGAAACCAGGAAGAGUUCAUUUAAGUGAAAAUACGUUGAAUUUUCUUGAUGAUCGAUAUCUUACGGAAGAAGGGGAUGUAAUAAAUGGUAUUAAAACUUAUUUCAUCAAAGGUAGAAAAUCGGAUUUCGCCAACCAAUUCAUAACGAAUAUCGCAUCUCCGAAAAGUAUAUCGCCUCUGAUGCAGUCGCGUCAUCGCUUAGCCUCUUGCAAUAGUCAAUCUAAGUCGAAAUAUCAUUAUCUUCAUAUGGUCACUAAUGCAAGUAAUUAUAGAAUGAAAGCAAACUCUCUACCGAGUAUUCUAGACUCAGAAAAUGGAGAUACUGACAUUGCGGAUGACAAGGAAAAUGUGAAUAAAAGUCCGAUAUCUGUUGCUAGUUACGGAAAGAAAAAAUCGAGGAACAAACCGUGGAAAUAUUUACAACGGCAACGAACUACCGAAGAAAUGACUCCGCUAGAAAUGGAAGAAGCCAAAGCAAUUAUUACCGAAAGAUCGAAAACUGAAUCUCAAUCAUUCGAAGAUCGCAAUGGAUUUAGGCAGAAUACGUCCCAAAAUGAUAUCGAAAUGGAUCCAAACCCUAUACCUUCUAGUCCUUUAUUGUCUGGUCAAGAGCAACUCAGUCGUGCCUCUUCCAUGUGUAGUAGAAAAGAUUCUGGGAUUAGAAGUAACAGCAGACGUAGCAGUAUACAACAGCAGUUAUUUUUGAUGAACGGUAUGGCUCAAGGAGACUUAUUGGCACACAGAGUGAGUGGCUAUUAUACUUCUAGUUCGACGUUGAACUCCGUUCAGGAGCCAUCGUCUUCGGUACCGCCAUAUCCGUUUCCUCCAGCAGUCACGGAUACUUUUGGUGCAUGUUUUCAUAAGUUAAGAAAACAAUCGGAUCUACAAUUAAUCAGGUGCGUUCAAGAUAACGUAAGUUCUCAACGUUCGUAUUUCGUGAAACCGCCACUUUCGAGCGUGACUCUUUUCUUCAAGAACAAAGAAAUGGAGAAAGAAUACAGAGAGAACGCCCAUAAGGUUAGCGAUUGUAUCAGUGGGAAUCCGCCUACUCUUGCUACCUCGAGGUUCAAUACAUAUUUUGAUAUUUUAAUAUCGGCGUUGGUGUACACUGCCGUCACGGUUUCGCUUUUUUUACUUUGCGAGCCGACGUUAUACUACAUAAUUUUCUCCGUGUGUGCUACUACGAUCCAAAUUAUAGCGGUGUCGCUUUGCGUUCGCCAACUUUUAUAUCCGGACAUGGUCCACUCAACGUUGAUACAACAAAUAUUUAAAUUCUUUUCGCGAUGGUAUCCCUGGCAUACCUGCGGCGCGAUUCUGGUUGGUUUACCGAUUACGUCUAUUCUUCUCAAUUAUUCGUGUAGCAAUUUACAUAAUUUGAAAAACUUCGAAUAUUACUACGGCUACUUGAUCUUGGUCGGUCUGGUACAUUUUUGCAAUUUCACGCAACUCAAUUGCUGGAUGAAAAACUUCUUAGUGACGUUUAUGGGUGUCCUGUUUUUAUGCCUCAUAAUGAAUCACAUAACGUAUAGUCGAGAUAAUUCUAGCAAUCAACUCGUUUACAGCUCAAUGCAUUAUCCGCGUUCCUCGAUUAAUCAACGCGUUACCGAUUCGAUCGCGAAUCGCGUCAAUGAAACCGUUACAAAAGAAACGUUCGACAAUAAACCUGCUUUCGUAAUAAGAACUGUUCUCGCGAGGCAACGGGAGGCAGAAAUCAGAUACAACGAAAGAUUGUACAGUUUCGAGAUUUUUUUAGACAUGAUACUUUUACUGUUGCUAGUAUGGUUUUUGAAUCGCGAGUUUGAAAUCAGCUAUCGAUUAAGCUUUCACGGGAACGCGGUAGCGGCACGGGACAAAAGUCGCGUGCAAUCAAUGAAGAAUCAAGCCGACUGGCUUCUGCAUAAUAUUAUACCGAAGUAUGUUGCCGAUCAAUUGAAGACAACCGCCAAGUAUUCGCAGAAUCACAAGAAUGUGGGUAUCAUCUUCGCUAGCAUAGUGAAUUUCAAUGAACUAUAUGACGAAUCUUACUUGGGCGGUAAAGAGUACCUACGAGUGCUAAACGAACUUAUCGGUGAUUUCGACGAGCUGUUAGAGAAACCAGAAUUUUCGAAUGUGGAGAAGAUAAAGACUAUCGGUAGCACGUUUAUGGCAGCAAGCGGUUUGAAUCCGCAAGUUAGGCAGCAAAGCGACCACGAUCAGGCGCAUCUUUUUCAAUUGAUAGACUUUGCUAUGGCAAUGCAUAAAGUAAUAUACGACUUCAACGGAGAAUUGUUAGGUUUCAAAUUGAUCUUGAGGAUCGGUUUCAAUUAUGGCGAUGUCACCGCCGGUGUGAUCGGUGCUACGAAAUUAUACUACGACAUAUGGGGUGACGCUGUAAAUAUAGCAUCUAGAAUGGAUUCUACCGGAGUAGCUGGAAGAAUACAAGUGGCUAAGAACGUUUUGGACGUCCUCUCGGAACGAUACGAGUUCGAACCACGUGGCCAAGUUUACGUUAAGGGUAAAGAUAAUAUGGACGUGUUUUUAUUAAUAGGGGAAAAGAAUAAUAUCGACGAUACAACGACAUGCACUUAAACGACGUUUCGAGUGGCCUAACGAGCUUGUGGUGCCGAUUUGCCUACGAAACUAUACGAUUACACGCAACACUUAUCGAGCGUACGAUCAUUUCUGGAUUAAGCUUUUAGCGAUAUUUCGAUCUCGUUAUGAAAUGUAUGAAUUCGCGGUAUGAAAGUACCCGUCGACGUUGCAAGUGAAAACCAAAAGUACCUUAUUCUUCAAUUGCUCGCUCAUUAAAGAUAUUUAUUCUUAAUGAAAUGUUCACUGUAUUUUUUUACGUAAUUUAAGAGCAUCGAAUGCGAGACCUACCAAAACCUACCUUUACAAAGUACAAAAUCUGAUCGAUUUGAAAUUUUCCCUGAAUAUUAUCGCGAACAUUCUUCGCGAGGCACUUAUUGAGAUAAAUAGUACACGUCCCUGUUGUUUGUGUGAUUUCUGUACGAAUGAACGAAUAUAUGACCGGUUUACCGGUUUUCGUCGACAGUUCCUAGUAAACGUGUGACUUAUUCGAUAACUAUUAGUUAUCUUGUGUAUGAGAAAGCUUUCCGAUAUUUUCUUUCGUUAAUUCUUCCGAUUCCUACGAGAUUAUACGGUCCACUUUUUUUCCUGGUUUCGGUAGCAAUAAUUGGUCUAAAUUAUUUUUACGGUAGACUAGAUUUGGAAAUGUGUUAAGUUAUUUUCAGUCUCACACAGACCUUAUCAGUUGGUGAAUCGUGGAUUUUUAUGCAAAUUUUUCAGGCUAAAUUCAGAAGUAGUAACAAUCGACAAUGAAUAUUUUCGUGCAUUUAUCUUAGACACAUGCCGCACUUAUGGUACAGUCAUUUCUCAAUUGGUAGCGCUGAUGACACGAUAAAACUUUUGUAUGGCGAGUGUAAGCUUGAAUUGAAAUAUUUAUAAUUUUACAGAAUAUCAAAUCAGCGUUUGAUUCUAUUUUAUUGACAUUUAAGGAAUCUCGAUAAAGUCCUUGAUCGACCAAUUAUAAGAUGCCAUUGUCAAGAGAAUAUUUUUUAAGACUUAACCGAUCAGUAAAUUAUGGUCAAAACUCUCAUAUAACCCUGCUAAAAUUACAGACACUAGGCAAUUGAGAUUUUGAAUUAUUUUCCAUUUACUUUUCGUCACGGUCAAGAUUAUACCGUGAAAAACCUGUUUUAAGGUUAUUAUAAUUCUCGAAAACAUAGUACUCAAUAAUUGCAUAUAAAGUUUACAUUCUGUUCUAGGUGAACGUAUGGUAGAAAAUAAUUAUUGGAAUUUUAUUGUAAUAUUGCCUCAGGGUUUACACCAAUGAUUACCGUUUCUAUAAUAAAGCCGCGUUUCAUAAAUUAUCAUUCCUCCAUUUUUUACCUAAAGUUUAUCUUCUGUUUUAAUAUCGGUAAAAGUAUAUAAAGAAACAGGAAAAUAUCUUUGAGCAUUUUACUACAAUAAUAUUCCAAAGACUAUCGUUUAGAGGUUCGGAACAUAAAGCCCCUUUAAUGUCCCAUUUAGUGUGAGCAUACAUACAUAUGUACAAAAAAUACAAAACGUGUUUUUGACUCUAUUUGUACUUAUUUCAAAAUGAGUUAACAAGUUUUGUGAUUUUCAUGAAUGUACAAUUGUAAAUGUAAGCAAACUGAAGAAUUGGGUAAAGUAUUUCUUGGUGCAUUUUUUAAAGGAGAACCUUUAGUACCUAAUGCGGUAUUCCAACUGGUAAUAAAAUUCGAAGUUGAUCGAAACUUCUACUCUGUUAUAAUAAUCUUAAUAUGAACGAGACGUGAUGUAAUAUCAAGCGAUAAUAUUUGAAACAUUUCGAAAUAUGUCGAUAUAACAAAAAUUAAUAUUUUAAAUCGCUAUGUACCCAUUAUUAUAAAUAAUUUUAAAUAAAUCGAUCUGUAUCGCGAUAGUGCUUCGAUUCUUUUACAAUAUGAUUUACUGUACGAUUUCUAAAUUCCGCUUGUGAUGAUUGUCACAUAUUGAACAACUGAUCGGUAAUUCCUACGAUAUUUUGUAAAGUACUGUCACUAUUUGAUGCGUAAUGGUAAUCUUACAAUGUACUACUUCGACAUUCAUGCGACAGUUACAAAGCUACAUUGUUCGCAAUAAUAAAAUAUAUUAAACUAAACAAAAAAAUUUAACAUCAGAACAUGGAAGUAUUACAUUUUCAAACAA